AUGACCACAGCUCAUCUUCAAGAGCUUGACAGGACGGGAUUGGAACUUGGAGCGAGCCCUUUUGCGCGCGAGAAUGCGAAAAAUCUGGCGACUGGAUAUGGCGACCUUAUCGUGGUUCUUCUGGAGCCUACCGACAAAGCCGAAACACAUUGCUAUGAUGCAAUGAAGGCUUCUUCACCGGCGCUUCAACUUGUAGACGAAACAUUGACAAUGGCCUUCGCAGGUCAGCGCAAUGUCGAAAACACCAUUAUACUAGACCGAAGGCCCUUUCGCAGCGCUGAGAUUCAGGGUUGUGAGGACGAAAGGACAACAGAACGAAACAAUCAGAAAGCCUAUCAGGGGUUUGAAGCGGCAAUCGCAAUUUUACGUCCUAAAGUCAUUGUCGUGUGUCAAUGCCGAGAUACAGUACCCGAUGGGCAGCUUUCGGAUCAGUGGUCAUCUUCAGUCAGCAAAAGUGGAGACUACGACAUCGUACAAAUGGGCAAUGAGCAUAAAUGCUUCCGUGUUUAUUCAUCUCAUCCAAUGCAUUUUCAGCGCAUUGGUGAUGAAAAAGGACCCUUAAAGCGAGUACUUUUAGAAUACUUGUACGAUGCGACGUUUGUCAUCGCGGCAAAUCUCUUAGCUGGCCGUGAGAUUUCUGGAUUCGGUUUAUCAAAUCUCAGAAACUGUGCCCGACAGGGACCAAUCGGUAAAUUCUCUGAAGUCGGCGUUAUAUUGACUUACCAAUGGACAGACGAAGAGAGUAGUUGUUCAGACGAGCUAUGGGCAUUGAUGAAAGAUGUGGGUAUGCUUCAGUAA